GACUGCAGAGUCCAGACCCCACGACGCCAAAAGGCAUUCAGGGCAGGCAAGCGAUUCGCAGCCCCUCCUAUAUACCCGCCCACCAGGAGGAAGUCGGAAGGAGUCCAGACUCCGCAAGGGGACAAAACGAGAGCAAAUCGAAGCAGGACACGGCUGCUGGCCGCCGCAUUCGGAGAGGAGGAGCGCGAGCGGGAGCGGGAGCGGGAGAGGAGGGAUGGCGUGCCUGCACGAUCACAGCUGCGAGGAUCACAACUGCGCCGCCGACUGGUCGCUCUACAACCACGUCGACACCCCCAAGGUGGUGGCUCUGAACGAAUCUGUGCCUGGGAGCGUCAAGUCGGUCUUCAAGCCCUGGGAGCAGCGCCUCGACACCUCGGGGGGUUUUCUGGAGAGUAAUGAUGGUGACCCUGAGCUACUUAUUUUCAUCCCGUUCACAUCAGAUGUUAAGAUCAAGAGCAUUUCUGUUGUUGGUGGUGCUGAUGGAACAAGCCCUUCAAGAAUGAGAGCGUUUAUCAACAGAGAAGGCAUUGACUUUUCUGAUGCUCAAAACAUGCAGCCCGUGCAGGAAUGGGAGUUAGCAGAGAACCUGCAAGGAACACUUGAGUACCAAACAAGAUAUUCAAGGUUCCAAGGUGUGGCUAACCUAACUCUGCAUUUUUCUGACAACUUUGGUGGCGAUACAACUAAGAUUUAUUACAUUGGACUACGCGGUGAAGCCACUCAGAACAAAAGGGACGUCGUGGCGACAAUCGUUUAUGAAGUCAUGCCCAAUCCUUCGGACCACAAAACAAAAUCUGAGACUGGAGGAGGUUUCUCGCAUGUUGAGUAGGCAUCAUUGCCAGAGCUUGGGAGAAGCUGAGCACUGCGUCUUCUGGAGGCAAAUGUGCACUUCUCUUCCACGAAUAAGAUAAUCCCAGCUGCUAGUCUUGUAGCUUGACUUUUUUUAGUACUGAACCCUGUACCUGUGGAUGCUGUUAGUCUGUUAUUUUCGGGAGAAUUCUGUACGUGUGAACGCUGUAACUUGUUGCUGAUGCUAUCAUAAGAAUUGGUCGCUCGCUUAUCAUGGUACUCAUGCCUUAUUCA